ACAUAUACUAGGCAGUCAUGGCAUACGUUAUGUGCAGCCGUUGGGUUUUUCUAAUUACUAUUAUUCUUUAAUUAAUUUUUUUAUUUUCCUGGUUGGUUUGUGGCCUGGGAGUGUUUCUCUGUAUUCCAAGCAAUUUGGAUUCACAUUCACAUUCGCCGCCUUUCCUUUUCAAUGCGAUCAUCAAACGGAUUUGAAAAUUCCAAAGAUUUUGAAACGGAAAAAUUGGAGAAGAAGAAGAAGAAUGAUGAUGAAAAUAAUAAUAAUAAUUUAUUUAUGAAUCCAACAACAUCAUCAUCAUCUUCUGAUUCUUGUUGUAUAAUACAUCAUCAUGAAUAUGAAAAAGAACUUGAACUUAUUCCUCCUCCUGCUUCUAAUAUGAUUCCUGAACCAAUUAAACAACCGCCGCCGCCGCCCCCUAAUUCCGGUGAUAAUUUAGGGGUUUCCGAAAGAGCUUUAUCUGCCGCUGGCGCCGCUUUUCUUUCCGCCAUUAUUGUUAACCCCCUUGAUGUUGCCAAAACGAGGCUGCAAGCACAGGCUGCAGGUGUAGCUUACUCCCAUCCCAUGACUAAUCAUACCGCUCGAAUGGCAGUUUUCGGACCAAACAUGUUGUUUGCGGAUCUAAGGUGUUCUCCAUCAUGUACUCGUGGUGGAGUACACGGGACAGUGUCCAUCUGUCCACCAGAAUGUUUCGAGUACAAAGGAACACUCGAUGUUUUCUACAAAGUUAUUCGACAGGAGGGAGUUGCUAGAUUAUGGAGAGGCACAAAUGCUGGUCUUGCACUAGCUAUACCAACAGUGGGAAUAUAUCUUCCUUGUUAUGACAUAUUCCGAAACUGGCUUGAAGAGUUUGCAUCUCAGAAUGCUCCAAGCAUGACUCCGUAUGCCCCUUUACUUGCUGGUUCACUAUCACGUUCAUUGGCUUGCACUACCUGCUAUCCCAUUGAACUUGCUCGAACUCGUAUGCAGGCUUUCAAAGAUUUUAACACUGGUAAGAAAGCUCCCGGAGUGUGGAAGACGUUGGUUGAUGUAUUAGCUAAUGUCAAGACAUCACCAAAUAUGAAUAGCAAUGUACAAAGUUAUCGUGCCCUCUGGACAGGCCUUGGGGCACAACUUGCACGUGAUGUACCUUUUUCUGCCAUCUGUUGGUCUACUCUUGAGCCUGUUAGAAGAAGGCUUCUGAGUUUGGUGGGUGAUGAAGCCAAUGCUGCCACUGUACUUGGAGCAAAUUUCUCUGCUGGUUUUGUUGCAGGUAGCCUUGCUGCUGCUGCCACAUGUCCACUUGACGUUGCAAAAACCCGAAGACAAAUAGAGAGGGAUCCUGCGAGAGCAUUAAGGAUGACGACGAGACAGACUCUAAUGGAGGUUUGGAGAGAUGGGGGAGUGAGGGGACUAUUUACAGGAGUGGGGCCUCGUGUCGGACGUGCAGGGCCUUCAGUUGGAAUCGUGAUAUCAUUUUAUGAGGUUGUGAAGUAUGCUCUACAUCGUCAACAAAUUGCAACUCAAUAACCAAGCUGACACAAGUGUUCAUUCUGUUAGACUUCAUUUGUAGUUCAAUUGUGGAGGAGGAGAAUAAUUAUACAUGAUGUGGCAUGAAGAUUAGCAUUUUUUGUAGUCAGAAUUUAGAUGCUCUUCUCAUUGUCACGUAACAUAGCUAAUCUUGUUCUUUUUGUUAUUUCAUCUCUCCUCCACAAACAAAUUCGAGCUGUUUUAGCUGUAUUCAUUAUACUUGAAAUUUUGUAUCUGGUGGCUGAACAAUUUUGAAAAAUACGAAAUGAUAUAGCACUGAUUGUUAUCCAUCUAUUAGUAUGGGCUUUCAGCUUAUUACAUUCA